AUGGCGCCCUGGACGCUGUGGCGCUGCUGCCAGCGCAUCGUGGGCUGGGUGCCGGUGGUCUUCAUCACCUUCGUGGCCGUGUGGUCCUACUACGCGUACGUGGUGGAGCUGUGCGUGUGUGAGUACCGGGCGUGGGCGAAAGGUAGGCCUCGGCGCGCCUCGCCGCCUGGAGUGGCCGCUGUCGGAGGGGCCGGGGCCGCGGCACCGGCUGCUUUGUCCGAGCCGCGGCGCGGCCUGCGGGCGGCCUCGGGGUUCCCGCCGCGCGGAUUUAGGCCCAGCGAGACCCCGAGAGCUUCCUGGUUUCUGCGGAAGUUCCACUUGUCCAAUUCUGAAAAGGAACGUUAUGUAAAGGAAUUCAGCCAGGAAAGACAACAAGAAAUUUUGAGAAGAGCAGCAAGAGCCUUACCUAUCUAUACCACAUCAGCUUCAAGAAGAAGAUGUGUUCUUAAGAUGGAUCAUCACUGUCCUUGGGUGAAUAACUGUGUGGGAUUUUCUAAUUACAAAUUCUUCCUGCUGUUUUUAUUGUAUUCCCUAUUAUAUUGCCUUUUCGUGGCAGUAACGGUUUUAGAGUACUUUAUAAAAUUUUGGACGAUAAAUUUUGAUGUUAAAUCAUUUCGUGCACCCACAUUUUCAUAUGGACCUGAUGGAAAUGGUUUCUCUCUUGGAUGCAGUAAAAACUGGAGACAAGUCUUUGGUGAUGAAAAGAAAUAUUGGCUACUUCCAGUAUUUUCAAGCUUGGGUGAUGGUUGCAGUUUUCCAACUCGCCUUGUGGGAAUGGAUCCAGAACAAGCUUCUGUUACAAACCAGAAUGAGUAUGCCAGAAGUGUUGGCUCAAAUCAACCUUUUCCUAUCAAACCACUUAGUGAAUCAAAAAACCGCUUGUUGGACAGUGAAUCUCAGUGGCUGGAGAAUGGAGCUGAAGAAGGCAUCGUCAGAUCAGGGACACAUAACCAUGUUACAGUGGCAAUAGAAAAUUGAGUACCACUUGUUCAUUACUAACCAUUUGAAUGAGAGCAAG